CAUCUUUACUUUCAUCAUCUCAUUCUUUUCCUUUGCUCAUUUAAAUUGAUCUCAUCCAUCAUGUCUGACACGGUUGACUCUGCUGCAGCAAUUCAAUCAACCGAACGUACAAUUAAAGCUAAAGCAACGAUCGACAAACACCAGUCGAUUCUUUUCCGGAUUAAGCUUCAGGAUGCGGCUGGGAAACAUGUACCCGUCUUUGAAGUGGCUAAUAAGACGAUCGGGUUCCUUUGCAGUGCUGGCCGUUACGCUGUCUGUCAAGAACUUUCAGUUAUUGUUGAUCGGUUUUUAGAAGCAAACCCAAGCUUUACAAUCAUUUAUAUUUCACUGGAUAGUUCAGAGGCAGCGUUCAACACAACAUUACAGACCCAUCCACGUUGGUUGGCGAUCCCCUACAAUGAUCCGGUCAGAAUCGACAUCUUGACAGAGUGGCAGACACAAGGUGUACCUUGCUUGCAUAUUUACGACCCUGUUGAGCAUGAGAUCUUGACCAGCUGGGGAGGGUCCUGUUUACGAUUCAACUUUGACCAUUGUAUGGAGGACUGGAAGCAAGGGUACCAAGGUGUCACAUAUUGGCAAAUACUCAAGGGCUGGUGGUACUAUAAUGCUCCAACAGGCGUGUUUAAAGACAUGACGGACGAAGAGUUGGCUGUAAAGGGAUUCCCAUCAUCAGCAAGCCCGAGUUCAAACAGUGGGGACAAUAUUAGUCAAGAUCGCGUAGAGUCCAAGAAGGACAAGUAAAAACGAUUGCAUGUGUAGAAAAUUUGUAUGUGUGAAGGUAUAAAG